CAAUUAGAUCUUUUGUGUAGCUCCCAUAGAAAAGACGGCCCUGACUUUACCUGUUGCAUAUGUCACGUGAUAAAAGCAGCUGCGACAGACAUGGUGGAUUAUAAUAACGGAGCAGCAGAGACAAACAUAUAUAUAUAUAUAUAUAUAUUACCAGGGAACGUAUGUAUAUAACCAAGAAAUAUACAAAUUGCGUAUAUUUUGUACUAUUUUAUACUUGCAAUACAAAGUGUUGAGUCUCGAUUUCAGUGACGAUAUUCAGCAAGCAUUAAAGCAGGAAAGAUAUACAUCUGAAUUUGCUCCGAAGAAAAGUUGUCAACGAUGUCUGUAUCUGUACAAUUUAACUAUUUCAUACUGAACAAAACUGCGAAAAAAGCGAUGGAAAGAUAUGUUGGAUUUUUGGAAAAAGCUUUCGAACAAUAUCGAGAUUUAUGGGAAGAUUAUAUAAAACUGCAGGAGAAACAUGAACAAUGUAACGUAUCCUCGCCAUUUCAAGUGACGAUCGAUGAGCCUUGUGGAAAGGCAAAAGACGAACUAACAAUCGAAAAACAGCUAAACAGUAGCAUCAUUCUUCAAGAAAAUGACGAUGCUUUAAUCGUCGGAGAAAAAUCGGAGCCCGAUUCAUUACAUACAGAUGCUCAGAAUUUUCUUGAUGACAUAGAGACUAAUCUUAUGAACCUAAGUGAAGAUUUUCUAGAUAAUAGCCCAUCAAAGAGUCCGGUAUUUUUCAAAACAUAUCCAAAAACCAGCAGCACUUCUACAAAAAAGUUCGUAUCGUCAUUUGAAGUAUCACCGGUGUGUAAUAAUUCAGCAAUAGAUACAAAGAUGUUUCGUAAAAAUGAAAAAAUUCCUUCCAAGUGUAAUCAGAAGUUAGAAAUUAGUUCAACAUAUCAUGUGGAAACUACAUUUUUACCAAAUGGCAAGAAGCUGAAGCAAUCUCGACUUGUGUUUCAUCCUAUUAAAGAUCAAAAACAGAAGAUACAAUCACAUGAUAUAAAUAAACUUAAGCCAGCUGAUACAAUGCAAAAAGCAAAACAAAAUAUUACAAAUAUUUUAGAUAUAAAAACACCUAUUAAUAUUGAAGAUAACGCUACAAAAGCAAAUGAAACUUUUUUUGAUGAUGUGAUGGAAAUCAGUCCUACACAAAAGGAUGUUCAGUCUAAUUCUAGAUAUUGUUUAAAUUUUAAAAGCAGGGUUCCAAAGCAAAUAAAAAAUUCUCCAAAUAAAAGUGAUGUAGACUUUAACAUAUAUCUUUCACCUUCUUCUGGAGAAGUGACUUAUGAUACAUCUUUAGAGAAAGACUCUAAUAUAUUUGAUGCAAAUAAAGAUAAUGUUAAUAUACAUAAUCAUUCACUGACACAAAAAUAUAAUGAAGCAGAUGUUAAAAGUACAAGCUCUACAGUAAAUCAAAGAAAGGACCAGAUUGUAAAAGAUGAAGUACAAAAUAUUUCUAGAAAUUUAAAUGAUUUAUUUGAAGAUGAGACCUUCUUUUCACCUGCAGAACAAACUGUAAAUAAAAAUGACAUGUAUAACUUUGAUCUAGAUGAUACAGAAAACAAACCACCUGCAAAACGAUUAUUAUUGAAUAAGUUUCAUAUGACAUCAAAGAAGAAAGGAAAUGUCACAGAACAACUUAACAUGCGAUGUAAAGCUGACAGAGCAAAACUAAAUGGUUGGAGCUGCUGGGAAUGUAAAGAGUAUUACCAGAAUCUAUCAUUGUCGAAAAAAGAAUUGCAGAAACGGAAGAAUCAAUGUUCACGCCAUCGACAAAAAUAUGAAAGACCAAGUACACCAGAAGGUUUCUGGAAUCCAGAAUUUCCUGAGACACUGUCAAGCACUUAUCGUCAUAAUAAAAACUAAUAUAUAUUAAUAAUUAAGAUAAAUAUUAUAUUCCUAAUUUGUACAGACAAAUUACAUUCAUUAGGAAAGUUGACUUUUUGAAAACCUUAAUAAUUAUUACCUUAAUAAUAGUUGAUCAAAAGUCUAGUUUGUGAGCAGAAUUGACAAAAUUAACUGGUAUUUCUAACACUAAUUAAAAUCAAACUAAAUGUAUGUAAAAUGGAAUU